AACGUUAACAUUAGGAAAUGGCAGAAGCAGUUUUUCAUCCCCCAAGAAGGAAAAGAAGAGUUUUUGAGUCAUAUGACUCUCCCUUUCCUGUGGAUGUAGGUGGGAAGGAUUUCAGAAUAUGCCAGGCUGAAAUCAUUAACAACAACGUUAUAGUGAGGAACCCUGAAGAUAUCGAACGGCUUUAUAACAAGGGCUAUUUUGGAAAAGGUAUCCUUUCAAGAAGUCGACCAGUGUACAGCAUUUCAGAUCCUUUACUGGUUACUAAGUGGCAAGGUGCUAACAUAAACAUGCCUAUAAUUGCAUCAAAAAAGUACCAGUGUCAUGUUCAGUGGGCUAAAAGUAUUUUGCAACAGCAAGGAUUUGAUGACCGCUCGGUUACCAAAAUUCUUGAAAACUACACUAAGCCUCUUGAGCUGCCAUUUUUGGAAGAGGAUGGAGCUGAACAAGCUGGUAACAGUUGCAACAGAAUGGGCCCAAAUACAGAAAAUACAGAACUUUCCAGACAAACUUCUACAGAUACUGGAAAUGUAGUAGCCCUAAGUCCUGAGAAUCAGAAUGAAGGCUACAAGAAAGCCUGUUUGGAAGGAGGUCCAGCGUUUGAUCCUGUGGCCAUAUGUGGCUUUAAGGAACAGGAACAAGGUGACUUGAAAGAGAUAGCUGAAGUGUCUUGCCAGAAGCAUGGUUUUCAUAUGCAUUGCGGCUGCAAGGCUAAGGAGAGCACUGAGCAAAGAUCUUGUGAGAUGAUCAAGUCAAAAGAACGUACUCCAGAAUAUGUAUUGGUGCAAGAGGAAGAAGAAGGUAGCUUAUGUCCUAGAGAUGACUCUGCUCAUGCGCAAGAAAAUCUUGUCAAGAAGGAAAAGCUAGUAUGCAGAAGAAAUCCAUUUAGGAUUUUUGAAUACUUACAACUCAGCUUGGAAGAGGCUUUUUUCUUGGUGUAUGCUCUGGGAUGUUUAAGUAUUUAUUAUGGUGAGGAGCCCCUAACCAUUUUGAAGCUAUGGGAAGUUUUCAGCGAAGUGAAGCCCAACUUUAAAACUACCUACAUGGCGUAUCACUACUUCCGCAGUAAGGGUUGGGUCCCCAAAGUCGGACUGAAGUAUGGAACUGAUCUCUUGCUGUAUCGAAAAGGCCCCCCCUUCUAUCAUGCAAGUUACUCUGUCAUUGCUGAAUUAGUUGAUGAUAAUUUUGAAGGUUCUCUUCGCAGACCACUCAGCUGGAAGUCCUUGUCUGGGUUGAACAGAACAACUGUUAAUGCUUCUAAGGAACUGAUGUUAUGCUAUUUGAUUAGACCUUCCGACAUGACUGAAAAAGAGAUGUCGACACCAGAAUGUAUGAAAAGAAUUAAGGUUCAGGAACUGAUUGUAAGUCGUUGGGUUUCUUCCCGUGAGCGCAGUGAGCAAGAUGAACUUUAACUGACUGUAUAGGAAAAAAUUGGUUUUUUUUAAAGCCACUUGUUGUUGUUUUUCACCUGAUCUUACCACGAUGAACCAUUGCCUCAGAACAGUUUCUAUCAACGUAUUCAGUUGGUAUGUAUUAAUGCUAUUUAAAAUGAGGUAUAUCCUGUUUACUGGAGAGAAUGUUGUAUUGAAAAAUAUAACUGAACUAUAACAAUGCAUAUGAAGGGGAAAAAAUUAAAGCUGUGUCCCAAC